AUGACGGGAUUCAAGUUUUCUAAAUUGAUGGUUGCCUUCUUGGCCGUUGCCACCAUCAUCGGUGGUAAUGUUGUGGGCGAAGAGGUUUCUCAGAAUGUUGGACCUAAAAACUCUAAGCCUACCACUAGUAACCUGUCAAGCGUCGAAACCAAGCCAACCAAAAAAGAAAGCUGGUUGCGUAAGAUUUUCGGUGGAUCGAAAAAAGGAUCUGCAGAAGAAAAACAACCUGCAGCCGCCUCCCCCAAAUCCGACGCAAGUUCCACUUCACCACGUAAAGAUGAUGUGGCAGACGAAUUAGCACCUGGCGCUGAAAAUCGCAGGAGAUUGCGUGGUAAACUCCCGCAUUACCUAGCCAUGAAACUCCCAAACGACGAUGAUGAAGAGAUCUACCCAAAGGUUGCUAAAAAAAUUCGUGCGUAUCUUACGUCAUCACCUUUUGAUAAAGCUUUUAUGUUGAUGAUAUAUACCGAUAUGGUCUGUGCGUGA